AUGCGUGAUGGGCUGUGCUGUUUUUCAUAGCAACAACUGUAGAGUUGAAUACCGCUACUGAAUACAACUGCAGUUUACCGACUUGUUAUAACUACCGUACAUAAAUCCUCUUUUUAACCGUAAUAGCAUUAAAUGGCAAAGCGUCGUGUUUACUUAAAAUAAUAUUUCCCACAGUGCCAUUUGGGAACUAUUAGCAACUAGGUAGCUUGCUAGCUACCUGAAGUACAGUUUGGCAGGGGCAGUGACUAGCAGUGUUAGCUAACUAGCUAACCAGCUAGCACUAUUGAGGCUGGGUGUGAAUGAAGCAGAAAAGAGAGCAGUCCCCGGCCGUGUGCUAAGAUAAUGCUCAGACAUGGUGCCCAGUCAGACGCACGUGAUGCUGAAGUGGCAGGAGCACCUGAACAGCUCGUGGUCGGCGGAGGACAGCGUGCAGACGGCCACGCGGGGGGGCGCGGCGGCGCUCUACGCCAAGCUCCUGCACAACCGGGAGGUGGUGGGGCUGGCGCAGCCGGUGCAGGACCUGAUCGGCCCGCGGCUGCCCGACUUCCAGUAUGAGUGGAGCGCGGCGGAGGAGAAGCAGGAGCACGUGGCGGCCCUCCUGCACAGCCAGCGCUGCCUGACGCAGCGCAUGCUGGCGCGCACGCCCUACGCGCUGGCCCUGCACCACCGCACGCUGGCGCUGCAGCGCAUCUACUACGCCCUGCACAGCAAGUACCACGACCGCUUCCGCCCGGCCCCGCCCGCCCCGUCCGCCGCCGCCGCCGCCGAGGCCGGCGCCCUGGAGCCCGCGGCCGAGCCCUGGUCCCCCGGGGCGCGGGUGCGGUCCGGCACGGACGUCCUGAUCGAGAUGGGCGUGCGCACGGGCCUCAGCCUGCUCUUCGCCCUGCUGCAGCAGAACUGGCUGCAGGCGCGCCGCGACCCCGGCCUGGCGCUCUGCAACGACGUGCUGGCCACCGCCUCCUCCGUGCUGUCCUCGCUGCCCCCGCUCUCCCUGGCCAACGAGAACAAGAUCCCCGCGGUGGGGCUGGACUGCCUGGCGCAGGUGGCCGACUUCCUGAAGAAGACGUCGGUGAGCGGCUCGGGGGCGGACCGGGCGGGGCGGCGGCUGGCCCUGGAGCUGCUCCUGGGGCUGGCCAUGCAGAGGGGCUCCCUCCGCUUCCUGCUGGAGUGGAUGGAGGUGGCGCUGGCCGCGUCCGCCGCCGCGUCCGCCGUGUCCUGCGGGUCGGACCCGUCCCGCGCCCAGGGGGGCAUCGGAUACGACCUCAUCGCCCAGACCCUGCUCAAGAUGCGGCAGUACUCGGGUUUCAGAGGGGAGUCGGUCAAUGCCCAGCUGCUGAAGAAGGACCUGGAUGGGCUCUGCAAUCUGGCCCAUGUGGUGCUGUGUCUCUUUGAGGAGAUCUGCAACCUGGCCUCCAACUGCCUGUGCUCCUGCAGCACAGGCUCGGCUGCGCCGGGCAUGGAGGGCGACGCCGUCAUGGUGUACGUGUGGGGCAGCAACAGCAGCCACCAGCUGGCAGAGGGCACGCUGGAGAAGAUCCUGCAGCCCAAGCUGGCACAAGGCUUCAGCGAUGCCCAGAUGAUCGAGGCGGGGCAGUACUGCACGUUCUCGGUGUCGGCCGACGGCUCCGUGAAGGCCUGCGGGAAGGGCAGCUACGGGCGCCUGGGCCUGGGGGACUCCAACAACCAGUCCGUCCCCAAGAAGCUGGUGCUGGAGCCGCCCCGCAACAUGCGCAAGGUGUCCUCCUCCAAGGGCUCGGACGGCCACACCCUGGCCGUGACCGGCGAGGGCGAGGUCUUCAGCUGGGGGGACGGCGACUACGGCAAGCUGGGCCACGGGAACAGCGCCACCCAGAAAUACCCCAAAAUCAUCCAGGGACCACUGCUGGGCAAGGUGGUGGUGUGUGUGUCUGCUGGCUACAGACACAGCGCAGCUGUCACCAACGACGGGGAGCUCUACACCUGGGGAGAGGGUGACUUUGGCAGGCUCGGCCACAGUGACAGCCACAGUCGGAACGUCCCCACGCUGGUGAAGGACAUCAGCGGGGUGGGGCAGGCCGCGUGCGGGAGCUCCCACACCAUCGCCGUGGCUCAGGACGGCCGCAUCGUCUGGUCCUUUGGAGGGGGGGACAAUGGUAAACUGGGCCAUGGGGACACAAAUCGCGUGUACAGACCCAAGGUCAUCGAGGCCCUGCACGGGUUCAUCGUCAGGAAAGUGUGUGCAGGGAGUCAGUCCUCUCUGGCUCUUACCUCUGCGGGACAGGUGUUCGCCUGGGGGUGUGGCUCGUGCCUGGGGUGUGGCUCAUCCGAGACCACGUCUCUGAGACCCAGGUUCAUCGAGGAGCUGAGCGUCACCAAGAUCAUCGACAUCUCCUGCGGGGACAGCCACUGUCUGGCCCUGUCCCACGAAAAUGAAGUGUAUGCUUGGGGCAACAAUGCCAUGGGCCAGUGUGGGCAGGGACACACCUCUACGCCCGUUACCAAGCCCAAAAAGGUGGUUGGCCUGGAGGGCGUGUCCAUCCAGCAGAUCACAGCAGGCACCUCCCACAGCCUGGCCUGGACUGCGGUCCCCACGGACAGGCAGCUGGUGGCCUGGCACAGGCCCUUCUGCGUGGACCUGGAGGAGAGCACCUUCGCCUACCUGCGCAGCUUCCUGGAGCGCUACUGCGACGGGAUCAGCAGCGACACGCCCCCCACGCCCUUCCCCUCCAAGAGGGAGCACCACCAGUUUGUGCUGCUGUGUAUGAAGCUCCUGUCCAUUCACCUGUCUCUGGCCCACGCGGGCGGGACGGGGGCCACAGUGCUGGGGGCCCAGGGAAGGCCCCUGAGAAACCUGCUCUUCAGGCUCAUUGACUCCAGCGCACCGGAGUCCAUACAGCAGGCGGUGAUGAGCACGCUCUCCAUCGGCGCCUCGCUGCUCCUGCCCCCCCUCAGGGAGAGAACAGAACUCCUGCACUCACUGCUACCUCAGGGCCCCGAGAGCUGGGAGACCCUCUCCAAGGGCCAGCGCCUCCAGCUGGACAUGGUGCUGAACAGCCUCCAGGAGCAGUCCCACGUGGCGUCGCUGCUGGGGUACAGCUCUCCGGGAGAGUUCACGGCCGGGCUCCCCCCUCCCCCCUCCCCCGCCGAUCGAACCUCAGGCAGCUCGGACGCUCACGACCACUUCCACCUGGCCGAGGUCCUGCUGAAGACCCUGCUGCUCAGCAUCGGGUUCUACACGGAACGGGCUUUCGGCGAGCUGGAGAAGAACAGUGACAAGCAGCAGCCCAGUCAGGCUCCCAAGCAGACGAGCCCCCCGUCUCAUUUCCACCACCUACUGUCAGCAAUGCACAAGCACCUGCUGGCCCACUGCUACAUAAACACCAGUGCAGAGGACGACAACAGCGUGAAGCUGCUCCACAAGCACUUGUGCCUGCUGCUGCCCUACGCCGCAGAGACCUUCAGGAGGUCCACUCUCCUGCUGGAGGAGAGCUCCCUGGACAAGCACGUCAUCAAGAAGCUGCACUCGGUGCUGUACGGCUCUGUGGCGGGCAGUCUGCUGUGCCAGGUGAUGUACUCCCUCCUGCUGCUGCCCCUGCUGGUGGUGCGCCCCCUGCUGCCCCACCUGCUCUCCCUGCUGGAGCACCUCAACGAGCUCAACUGCUUCCUGCCCGACACCGGGCUGCUCGAGGAGACCGAGCUGGAGGGGGCGUGUCCAGAACUGACAGAGGGUGUGGGACCCGCCUCUGGGGUGGAGUCUGAGACCUGGGUGUGGUUACUGGACCUGGAGAGGUCUGUGGCCCUGGCGAUUGGCCGAUGUCUUGGAGGGAUGCUGCAGGGCCCGCCCCUCUCCAUCCAGGAGACCACGGCCGAUUUCUGGCUGCGGAACCCGCUGCUGAGGAACGGGCUGGAGAUGGACUUUGAGCAGCUGGACUCCUCCAUGGCCUGGCUGACGGAGGCCGUGCUGCUGGGCUGCGCCGACGUGAAGCUGGGCGACCUGGACGUGAGCGAGGAGAACGGCACGCUCGUGGAGCUGGCGCUGGGCGUGGCCCGCGAGCCCGCCAGCGGCCUGUGGAGGAGGAUGAAGGAGUACGCCGUCAGCAGAGACUGGGACAGCGGGCCGCUGGGGGACCCCCUGCUGGAGACUGCGUGUCGCUGCAGCCUGGCUGCCUUCCUCAAACACACCGGCCUGCAGGACGAGGCCUACUGGCAGGACAAGUACGAGCCCUGCGAAAUGCUGAUCGAGAUCUAUCAGAUGGUGUAUAAGGUCAGGAACACGCUGCUGUCACACAAGGACUCCCCCGGGAACACGGCCAAGGUCCAGACACCGUCUGUCACCAAGCAGAGUUCCCUGCUGUCCCAGAGCCCAAGUGAAGAGAGGCAGGAGGGGUGCUCUGGCGCCCCCAACGAAAGGGCGGCCAAGGAGGCGGAGCCCGGCUGCCAGGCCGCACCUGCCGAACACAACCAGGAGGAGGCGCCAGAGGAGGACCCACCCAGUAUCAGCAGUAUGUACCUGCCGGAGGUGCUCCAGUGCUUCCUGGCCACGCGCGAGGCCAUGCAGCUGCAGCAGAACGAGACGGUGUACGAGUCCUCCGGCACCAGCACCCUUCCCAGCAGCACCGAGAGCCCGGGCACGCCCGAGAGGGAGCCGCCGCAGCGCUGCUGGGACCGGCGCCGCGGCUCCGAGGAGGGCCUGUCCUUCCCCUCCGCCUGCCACCUGGUGGUGUCCCGCUGCGUCUUCCUGCUGCUGGGGGUACGGGCAGCCUGGCAGGAGCAGGACCCGGAGGAGCCCGCGGACGAGCAGAGAGAGAGCGCAGGGCUACGGAAAUCCAUUUCAUCGCAGGAAGGAGCGUCUUUUUUCAGCCAGAAGGCAGACUUCAGCCCAGAAAUGAGAAAAGGAGAGAAUGAGAUUCCUGACCAAUCAAAGACCUCAUCUGGAUCCUUUAAGAACAAAAUGGGCCUGCCGCUGUGCUCCCUGGGCAUCAUGAAGGACGCGUGGGAGCGCCUGCGCCAGUGCAUCAGCCCCAGCGCCACCCUGUGCCCCGGGGGCAGCUCGCCCGUCCUGGGCCAGGUCUUCCAGUUCCUGUGCGGCAGCCUCCUCCGCAGCCCCUCCCUCGCCGAGCGGGAGGCGGGCGGUAGCCAGGCCGACCCCAGAGCCAUCACCCUGGCCAUGGCCCAGCAGCAGCAGAGGGCUGAGGUGCGGCUGGAGGCGCUGCGCCAGAUCUCCUCCUUCCUGUCGGAGAUGGAGGAGAAGAGCCGGUGCUCGCCGGCGCCCCCGCGCUUCCCUGGCCUCCUGCAGUCGGUGCAGCUGCAGUUCCUGUCCGGCUGCUUCGGGCUGGGCAUGCCCACGUCCGGCGCCCUGUCCUCCGCCAGCGAGAAGCUGCACCACUACACCUCAGGGACGCAUUCGGCAAAAAUGUGCACGCAGAGGGAGCUGCAGGCUGCAGCGCACAAGCUCUACCAGCAGGUGGUGCGUGUGCUGCGACAGAAGGUCCUGGCAGAGAAGGAGCAGUCAGGGUCGUACCAGCAUUUGCUUCUGGCCACGGUGUUUGCCCUGAACUUCCGCUACAAGCCGGUGGACCUGGUGGUGAUCAUAAAGUGCGGCGUUCUGGAGAUCCUGUCCGCGCUGACGGAGAACGCCUGCGUGCUGAUGAACCAGCGCUGGCUGGCGGCGUCCGUGUCGGGGCACAUGCAGCUGGGCGGGGCGGUGAAGCUGGCCAGCGCGCGGCUGCUGCAGGUCCUGGCCAUCGCCGCCAGCUCCUGUGAGGACGCCCUCCCGCUCGAUGUGCUGCAGGCCUUGAUGGACGUGAUGUGCGAGCAGCUGCAGAGCCUGCUGCACUUGGUCCACCAGCAGGAGGCGCUGGAGAGCGGCGCGGCUGACUGCGCAGACCACGGCACAGGAGCCAAGAAGUCCAAACCAGAGAAGGGGGAGGUGCCGCGGAGCAGCCGGGUCGUGGAGUCCCAGCUGGCCGACUUCCUGGUCUUCCUUCGGCGCAUUGUGUCGUUCCGCGGAACCAAGAGGGUCUCGGCCUUCGCCAAGUGGAUCGACCCCCUCAUGAGCAUCGUGUCCCACAGAGCCACUCCAGGCUCCCCACUUUUCCGGAACUUGCGAACCAAACUGCUGGCUUUUCAUAUUCUGGAGGCUUUGCUGCCCGCCUGUUCGGACCCAGCACAAGUCAAACAGAUCGUCGAUCAGCUGUUCGGCCUCCUGUCUGCAUACAUGUGGGAGGAGCAUCCAGACGCGAGCAGAAGUCAGGAAACGGCGGAAAGCCCACAGAAGGACCUGGGGAGGGAGGACGAGUGCAUUCCCAUCGGGGAUUUCUCCUUCGACCCGUACAAGCUGACCUGCUGCUCUCUGGAGAGCGGGAACGUGCUCUCCCACGGCUCUGGCGGGAAGGGCUACGGCCUGGCCACCACCGCCAUCACGUCCGGCUGCUUCAUCUGGAAGUUCUACAUCACCAAGGAGAACAAGGGCAACGAGGGCACGUGCGUGGGCGUGUCCCGCUGGCCCGUGCGCGACUUCAACCACCGCACCACCACGGACAUGUGGCUGUACCGGGCCUACAGCGGGAGCCUGUACCACGGCGGCGAGCUGGGCCGGGCGCUGCCCUCCUUCACCCAGGGCGACACCGUCACCUGCAUCCUGGACAUGGAGGCGCGCACCGUCUCCUUCGCCAAGAACAACAAGGAGCCGAAGCUGGCGUUUGAAGGCGUGGACGCGGCCGAGCUGUACCCCUGUGUGCUGUUCUACAGCAGUAACCCUGGAGAGAAAGUGGCGCUGUGUGACCUGCAGAUGCGGGGCAUGCCCAGUGACCUCCUGCCCGGGGAGCCCCUGUGCAGCCCCCGCGGCACGGUGCUGCUGGAGGCCAGCGUGCAGCUCCUGAGACGCCUCCACCUGUGCGACGGCUGGACCCCCCACAUCAACCAGCACAUCGAGAGCCGGCUGGAGCUCAUCGGCCCCCUGCUGUGUGAGGGAGGGCUGGCCAAGCCGGCAGGAGAGUCCCUUGCGAAGCGGGGCCUGGAGGAGGAGGUGCCGGGGGAGAGCGGAGGAGGCGCGGGGAGGCAUGGGGAGGUGGCGGCGGGCCCCUCGGCCCUCUCGGAGCCGCAGCUGGGCGCUCUGUGCCGGGAGGUGUGGCCCGUGCUGGCCCUGAUCGGGGGCGUGGACCGAGGGCUCCGCGCGGGGGGGCUCUGCCUGCACAAGCCCAGCAGCCGCAGGGCCACCCUGCUGGGGGUGCUGAAGGAGGGCAGCCCCCUGGCCAAGCUCCAGUGGGAGGAGGCGGACCUCAGCGUCAGCUUCCUGAAUUCUUGGUCACCUAGCGACACGCCGCUGUCGGCGCUGGAGCCGUGCGACGCGCCCCAGCUGGACGUGGCUCGGCUCCGGGGCCUCAAGCCCGCCGUGCUGCUGGACCUGAUCUUUCUGAGCGGGACGCUGGAGGAGCAGGAGCGCGCCGGCCCCGCCCCCUCCCCGGCCCCGCCCCCCAGGCAGGCCGGCAGGCGGAGCGAGCUGGAGCGCCGGCUCGACGAGGACAUCGCCCGCAUCAUGGCGGACGAAGAGGGCGGGGCGGGGCCAGCGGAGGGGGAGAAGGAGCAGGAGGAGGAGGAGGAAGGGGUGCAGGGAGGAGGAGCCUCAGACCAGCCUCCCCUGAAGAAGAGGACAGGUUCCCUGAGCGCUGAUAAAGAGGGGCACGCUGAACAGGAGGGCACUCCCUGCCCCCCUGCGGAGGCCACUGUACCCCAGCUCUCCCGCCCCGACCUCUUCUCCCUGGAGCUGCGGGCCGUGCGCGUGUCCUACCUCCUGCUGGGGGCGCUCAAGAGCCUGGCCGUCAUCCUGAGCUGCGGGAAGUUCACCGACAUGCUGGUGGUGCCGAAGGCGGCCCCCGCGGACUCGGCCAGGGGCGGCACGGCCGGCGAGGACGGCUCCGAGCUGCGGUCCGUCCUGCAGUUCGUGGUGCGCAGCAUGGUGAAGUGGGCCGUCCGGCCCUGCCCCAUCAGACAGGGGGCGUCGCUGGCCGACCUGGAGAGGGCGCAGGUCAUGAUCUUUAAAGGCGCCCUCAACCAGCUGCAGGAAGACACCGGAGCCAGAGACCAGAAAGACCCGGCACAGCCGUCGUCCUCGCAGCCCGUGUCCAAGUCCUCCAGCACCGUGUCUCUGUACAGCAACGGCUCGGAGGGAGCGGCGGCGUUCGGCCAGUCCGCCAGCGCCUCGGCCUCGUCCUCCAGCAACGACCUGGCCGCCUCCCUGCUGUCCGCGCUGCAGGCCGACGGCCUGGAGAACUUCAACCCCUUCCUGCCCAUCAACCUCCUGCAGCGGAUGGUCUUAGCACGGUUCCCCACGCUGGCCAGCCUGAUAAAUAACCCCAUGUUGCACCCAGGCUUCGCCGUGGCCGGCUCCGCCCCCGGGCCCGCCUCCGGCUGCGAAGCCUUCACCGAGCCGCAGCCCGCCUUCCUGGAGGCCUGUGGCAGGGCCAGGAUCCGCGUGGAACGGCCUCAAAUGUUUGUUCCCGUACGGUUGCUAGAAAUGGGCUUCUCUAUGAGACAUAUCUACAAAGCCAUGGAGGCAGCAGGGGUGACGGGGGAGGUGGACUCCCGCACCAUCGAGGUGCUGGCCAGCUGGAUGCUGGAGCACCCGCUGGCGGACGAGCAGCAGAUGGAGGAGGGCCCGUCCAUCGGGGGCAUCGCUGAGAGCCCGUCCCCCGAGGGCCCCGAGACGGUGCAGUGCCCCGAGUCCCCCGCCCCUCUGUCCCUGCAGGAGAGCAGCGAGCCCAGCGAGAGCAUGCUGGCCGGCCUGGAUCUUGUGGAGAGGGAGAACUUCCUGGACGUGCACCUGACCAGGAACAGGCCCCCUCCGGCCCGGCGGCAGCGCACCAGCGCGGGGCACAGGAACUCCUUCAGGAGAGCGGACUCCCCUUCGCCCAAUCCCAUCCCACCGAUCUACAGGCAGGAUCCAGGGGUAUCCGAUUGGCCGGAGCAAGCAGAGACACACCCCUUUGCAGCGGAGGAAGAGUCAGAGCUGGGGUACAUGGAUGACCCCUACCACGAGGAGUCCUAUGAAGAGGUGCUCACUCCUGAGUUCAUCACCUCAGAGAGGGACACCCUGUGGAUGGUUGAGGGGGGGGAGGAGCACCCGGAGCCCCACGAGAUGGUGGAGUGCGAGCUGUGCGACGCGCUCACGCUGCAGUUCAACGGCCACAUGAAGCGCCAGCACCCGGGCUGCGGCCAGAGCGCCGGUCGCCGCGGCUACCGCAGCAACGGCGCCUACGUGGACGGCUGGUUCGGCGGCGAGUGCGGCUCCGGCAGCCCCUACUACCUGCUGUGCGGGCCCUGCCGGGAGAAGUACCUGGCGGCCAAGCUGGGCGACCCGGGCCCCAAGCACGACAGGGUGAAGAGUCUGGCAUCUGAUCUGAUUGGCCGAUUGGAAAGUGCUUCUGAUGAUGAGUGGGACCUGUGUCCCCGGGACGACAGCGACGCCGACAGGCUGACGGGGCAGGAGGAUUUCGGGGUGUUGCUGAGGCCUCUGGGUCUCUCUGAGAAGAAGCUGGUUCCGGACCCGAUCCUGUUCACCGAGCACGAUCCCCUGGGAGCGCUGGUGGCUAACUCCAUCAACAGCGACAAGGCCUCCAUUUUCAAAGGGGAGGCCGGUGUGGAGCAGAAGGCCCCGCCCGUGCCCCUGAGCCUGGGGGAGCAGGCGGCCGCCCUGCGGGACCCUCACGACCGGCUCCUGGCCCUGAAGCGCGUGACCACCACCACGCAGAUCCUGCUGGCCUACAGCAUGGUGAUGAAGGCGCUCUCCCAGACCUCGUCCAGCGCCUCGGUGUGCAGCCACUCGAGCGGGCUGGAGGCCCUCGGCCUGGCGAACAUCCGCAUCCUGGUGCGCUUGAUGUGCCUGGCGGCCUCGGGGAGAGUCCACACCGCCAUGGACCACCUGGGCUGUGGACACGGCUCGAGCUCCGCCUUCCUCACCUUCCUCAGCUCAGCCAUCGGCUCCCUCGUGUCCAACAGCCCCACCGCCUACCGUGAGCUGGUGGACAUCUGCACUCAGGAUCUGAUGGCGGCGGCCACAGGCAUGAGCGUCGGUGCCGUUAGCGACGCCCACCAGAGGGGCCGCCUGAACGCCCCUGGGAAGGCGUCCCGGGACGAACCCAAGCACCCCACUCCCCCCACGUUCCUGGUCACCCAGAGCCUGGUCUCCCUGCUGACAGAGAAGGGCAUCCGGUACCGCUACAGUCAGGACAGGGCGGAGCCCGACUCCAGGGACAAUAGCAGCCCAGGGACUGCAGGUCCACCCCCUCAGGUGGGGGCGAGGGUGGGGCCCCUGGAGCUGGCCAAUGCGCUGGCUGCCUGCUGCCUGUCUUCCAGACUGUCCAGCAGCCACCGGCAGUGGGCCGCCCAGCAGCUGGUCCAGGCCCUGGCGGCGUCUGAGAGAGACAACCCCGCCCGGCCGCAGACCUACAGCGACAUGGCCGGGGACCUGCGCAAGUGCGCCGUGAAGAAGCUGGAGGGCCACCAGAACAGGGUGACGAGCUGCUGCUGGAGCGGCGAGCGGGGGCUGCUGGCCACGGGCGCUCAGGACGGGACGGUGCGGCUGUGGGACAUCUCCCAGACCACGGCGGAGCUGCAGAGCACCCACACCUGCAGCCUCAGUGAGGACAGGCCCAGCUCAGAGAGCAGCGUGGGGGUGCAGUGGGUGUCCUCGGUCGGCUGGAGCGCAGGUGGAGCCUUCCUGGCUGCUUUCCAAAACAAGCUCAUCAACAUUUGGAGCGUUAGCGCGUCGCUGAGCCACAUGGAAAGUCAGCCCUCGUGGGUGACAGCCCUCUCCUGGGUGCAGAAGUCCUCCCCCUGUACCAGACAGGGUGCUGCCAGCCAGGCCAGCCCCACAGAGAGCCUGCUGGUGGGCAGGCUGGACGGCUCCCUCUGCUGGCUGGAGGUCACAGAGGCGCUUCACGUGGAGACCACUGAGCUGACGCACUGCCAGAGGAAAGAAUCUCCGCAGUGCAUCGCCUGGUACAGUCUGGACAAGCCCUUCGCUGUGGGCUACCCCGACGGGAAGAUCCUCCUGGCCACCGCCGAGUACUACCAGAGCGAGCAGCCCCUCAUCCUGUCCGCGUUCCCGGACAGCGUGAGCGGCCUGAGGUGGGACCCCACAGGGCACCUGCUGCUGUCCAUGGGCCGCUCGGACGUGGUGAAGGUGUGGGGCCGCGUGGGCAGCGCCUGGCUCGCCCUCUACUCGCUCUUCCACACGGGCACCGCCAACACCGCCGAGUGGUGCCCGCUCCCCGGGAGGGGCCCCGACCCCCGCCUCAUGCUGGCUGUAGGGUGCCAAAAUGGCGCGCUGUGCGUCUGGACUGUUCCACAGGGGGGCACCACUGUGUCAGUACCAAACUUCUUGAACAAUUCUGCCAACCAAGAGAAGAUUAGCGAUGUAAAGCGCGGCAGUGCCAAGUGCAUCUUCAGACUGAACGGCCACAUCACUGCAGUGAAGACACUCUCCUUCUGUCCCAGCGGGUUGGCCCUGCUGUCUGGGGGGAUAGGGGGGCUCCUCAACAUCUGGUCUCUGCGGGAUGGAUCAGUCCUGCAGACUGUGAUGACGGGUCUGGGCUCAGUGGUCAGUACCACUUGGAUCCCAAAUGUGGGGGUGGCUGCCUGCUCAGGAAGGUCUAAGGACGUGCUGCUGCUCCGCUGCUCCUCGGACUGGAUCUCCCAAAACCACGUCCUGGCCUCCUGCCGCAUGGUCCUCAGGGCGCAGGGCAUUGUGGGAUUGAACAAGGCCCCCUGCAUGGCUGUCUUCUUGGAGAGACUUCCCCUCCUUCUCCAGGAGCAGUACACUUAUGAGAAGAGUCAUGUGAACGCAGGUGACCAGCUGGUCCACAGUGGCUUCCUGCAGAGCCUGGCCUCGCUGAUCGUGGGGCUGUCCCUGGAUCAGCUGCUGUGCCGGCAGCCCACGCCGGCCCACCACGCCAGCCCCCAGCCCCAGCCCUGCCCCAGCGAGUGGAGCUGGCUGUUCACCUUCUCCACCACCGUCAAGAGCGCCGAGGCCUUCGCCCGGGGAACCGCCUUCCCAGAGUCCUUCACUGUGCCCGAGUUCCAGCAGGCUGGGGCCGACAUCACCAGACCUCUGGAUAACUGUAAAUGGAGCUUCAUGAUGGAUGAGCAGCUGAUGUCUUGGGCCACGACCAGGCCUGAGGACUGGCAGCAGGGCGGGAAGAGCGAGGUGUUCCUGUGGGGCAACGGGCGCCACGGGCAGCUGGCCGACGCCGGCACCAACCUGAUGGUGCCCACCCUCGCCCCGUCGCUGUGUCAGACGCAGCAGGUUGUGUGUGGACAGAACUGCACGUUCCUGGUGCAGGCGAAUGGGACAGUGCUGGCUGUGGGAGAGGGCAGCUAUGGGAGACUGGGCCAGGGGAAUUCUGACGAUCUGUACACCCCCACCGUGAUCUCUGCCUUGCAAGGGUACGUGGUGACCCAGCUGGUGACGUCCUGCGGCUCGGACGGCCACUCGCUGGCGCUGACGGAGACGGGCGAGGUGUUCAGCUGGGGCGACGGGGACUAUGGGAAACUGGGCCACGGCAACAGCGAGAGGCAGAGGCGGCCCAAGCAGAUUGAGGCCCUGCAGGGGGAGGAGGUGGUGCAGCUGGCCUGCGGGUUCAAACACUCGGCCGUGGUGACUUCGGACGGGAAGCUCUUCACCUUCGGGAGCGGAGACUGCGGCCGCCUGGGUCAGAGGUCAACGUCCAACAAAAUGGUGCCGGAGCGGGUGAUGGCUCUGGAGGGUUACAGCGUCGGGCAGGUGUCCUGCGGCGUAAACCACACUCUGGUGCUGUCCUCGGACGGCACGAUCGUCUGGGGCUUUGGAGAUGGGGAUUAUGGGAAAUUAGGCACAGGCCCCUGCACUGUGAAGUGCUAUCCUCAGAAAGUGGAGCUCCUUUGCAACAAAGGAAUAAAGAAGCUGGCUUGUGGGAGUCAGUUUUCAGUCGCUCUGGCGAAGGAUGGACAUGUGUACACAUUUGGGCAAGAGCGGCUGAUUGGCCUGCCGGACUCCAUGCUGAAGAACCACGACCGUCCCCAGGUGGUGCCGGCGCUGGAGGCUGUGUUCGUGGAGGACGUCGCCGUGGGCGCGGAGCACAUCCUGGCCCUGUCCGCCACCGGGGACGUGUACGCCUGGGGCUGCAACUGCGAGGGCCAGUUGGGCCUGGGCCACUCCAGCCCAGUGAAGGAGCCCACGCUGGUCACCGCUCUGCAAGGGAAGAACAUCCUCCAGAUCUCAGGUGGGCGGUGCCACAGCGCAGCCUGGACCACUCCCCCUCCCGCGGCCCGAGCCCCAGGUGCUUCUCCGGCCCUCCAGCUGGGGCGGCCUCAGUCUGUCCCCCCCCAGUACAACGCCCUGAAGGACUGCUGCCCAGAUGUGCUUAACACCCGCCUCCGGGUCCUCUACCACUUCUCUGACCUGAUGUACAAGUCCUGGCGGCUACUCAACCUCAACCCCAGGAACCAGGUUUCAGCCUCACGUUACAGCUCGGGAACCUCGGCCAUCGUUCAGGGCCAGCUGAGGGGCCUCCUGUCCCCCAAAGUAAACACUCUGCCCCUGGUCCGGUCCAUCGGGAGAACCAUGACUCAGGGCAAGACCUACGGGCCUCAGAUCACUGUCAAGAGGAUAUCCACCAGGGGGCGCUCCAGCAAGCCAAUCUUUGUGCAGAUCGCUAAGCAGGUGGUGAGCCUGAACCCCACGGAGCUGCGCUUGCCGUCCCGCGCCUGGAAGGUGAAGCUCGUGGGCGAGGGGGCGGACGACGCGGGCGGGGUGUUCGACGACACCAUCACCGAAAUGUGCCAAGAGCUGGAGUCUGGCGUAGUGGAUCUGCUCAUUCACACCCCCAACAGCUCUGCUGACGUGGGCAGCAACACCGACAGGUUCCUGCUGAACCCGGCGGCCAUGUCGGAGGACCACAUGGUCCAGUUCCGGUUCCUGGGCAUCCUGAUGGCCGUGGCGAUCCGCACCAAGAAGCCGCUGGACCUGCACCUGGCGCCGUGGGUGUGGAAGCAGCUGUGCUCCAUCCCCCUGGGCGGGCCCGACCUGGAGGAAGUGGACCUGCUCUCCUACCGCUCCCUACAGAGCAUCCUCCACCUGGACAACAGCAGCAUCACCGAGGAGAACUUCCCCGUGAUGAUUCCUCUGGACUCUUUUACGGCCCACAGUGCAGACGGGAGGCUUGUACCGGUAGUCCCAGGGGGACACAACAUCCCUCUGAACUUUGGCAACAGGAACGAGUACGUGGAGCGGACCCUGGACUACAGGCUGCACGAGAUGGAUCGGCAGGUGGUGGCAGUGCGGGAGGGCAUGUCCUCCAUCAUCCCAGUGCCCCUGCUGUCCCUCCUCACCGCCAAACAGCUGGAGCAGAUGGUGUGCGGCCUGCCCGAGGUCUCCGUGGAGAUGCUCAAGAAGGUGGUGCGCUACCGCGACAUCACCGACAGCCACCAGCUGAUAGGCUGGCUGUGGCAGAGCCUGGAGGAAUUCACCAAUGAGGAGAGAGUGCUGUUCCUGCGCUUCGUCUCGGGCAGGUCCAGGCUGCCUUCAAACCCGGCUGACAUCACCCAGAAGUUCCAGAUCAUCAAGGUCGACAGGCCAAUCAAUGGCCUGCCCACUGCCCAGACCUGCUUCUUCCAGUUACGACUGCCACCCUACACCAGCCAGGCAGUGCUAGCCGAGCGCCUACGUUACUCCAUCCACAACUGUCCCUCCAUUGACAUGGACAACUACAUGCUGUCACGCAACAGUGACCCAGCAGAGGGCUCCGACACAGAAUACUAAGUGAGACAAGCGGCUCAAAAUGGCUGCCAUUACUUGAAAGCACAACUGUUUAUUGUAGUUCUUCUUCUUUAUGGUGCAAUAGAGCUCUCUCUGGGAAUGUGGUAUCAAAGUGCUGUUGGGGACAGAGAUGUGGGACUCGUACCCAUAAUGCACUUCUGAAAAUCCUCGAGAGUUGGAUCAAGAGUUCACCUCAAAAAAAAAAAAAAAAAAAAAAAAUCAAGAAGCAAUCAUUCAGCUGCAGUGUUCCUGCAUGACGCAGAGUAUUUUUUAUUUAAAAACAAUUCACUUUUUUUCAAAGACAUUACGCAGUUCAAUUCUGCGUGGCAGGAAAUUAUAAAAAUGCCUUAACUGGCAAGGUUGUGCAUCUAUUAAUGGAGAAAUAUUAUUUCAACGCCUACUGUAUGCCUGUGAACUUUGGGAACAGCGCGUAAUGAAUUUACUGGUGCCCUUGAACCUGACUGACACGGAUGACUGGCCAAGUGUAAAAUAAGAACAUGGUGAAAUGGCCUAGUGGGUGAUUUAACACUAAUAACUGACAGAUUAGUCUUUUUCAGUACACCUCUGAGCCUGUUAAAACUUGUAUGCUAAAUAUCCGGUCAUUGUGGCAAAGGCUGUCAAGAAAGACCAGAAUGUGUGCUGCCGUGGCUUUGAUGAAUUGUAGAGAGGAAAGUGACAUAGUAUUGAAAUACAGGUUAUUGUAUUCCCUAUUAAGUUUGUCAGUAGUCUUAUCAAUAAAGAGUCUCUCCACCAGUGUAUGUUGGACGAAUGUAUACCCAAAUGCCAUGCACAUAUGCACUCAUACUAAUUUUUAUUUGCCAAAAAUUGGUACUACUGCGUCUUAAGUGGAUUUUGGUAAUUUGCUGCAGUUGUGAAGAGUAGUGAAUUUAACAUGCUGUGUUUUUGCCCUUUUAAAAUGCAUUAUAAGAAUUAAGGCUUUUUAAUGUGGGGUGGGUGGAACUAUAUUGGUCACUAUUGGUAGUCUAGGAUUCCAUGCUUUAGUGCAUAUUCCACUUUUAGCUUGUCCCAGAAAGCCUAGGGCGGUUUCUCAACAUGGAGCGUUGGAGGAGAGGCUGUCCAGCUUCUGUACAGAUACAUCAGUACAGAUGGACUGCAAUUUAAUACAUUAUAGCAAUUAUAUUACUAAACAUUUUAAGUGGUGCUCAUAAGCAUCUUCUUUUUUUUUUGCUGAAAACUUGAAAACCACUAAGGGAAUAAUAAUGGUACUGGAAUGCCCAGUACUGGACUGCACUGAGGGAAACGUUCCAUUGUGGUACUCAAGACGGCAUGGUUGUUGUAAUGUUUGCACUUUAGACUUUGUAUGCAUUGUUGAAUGAUCAGUGAUGGUCCGUCAAAUGCUUUGGGGCUAAAAAAAAGAAUAUGCACAUGUGAGGAGCAGUUUUGUGUAAACAUUAAAUUCAGUGUGUUUCAAAAAGCAAAA